UCCAGGAAGUAAGUGGCGCGACUACGGCCCUCACAUUGUCGCUAACUCAACUUUUCGGCUCGUCAUUCCGUUAGCUAACAUUUUUAUUUAACCUUUUCUUAUCUCACAAACAUGGGAGACGAUGAAGAAAAGUAUGACGGGAUGUUGCUGGUUAUGGCGCAACAACAUGAAGGAGGGGUACAGGAGUUAGUAAACACAUUUUUCAGCUUCCUCCGUCGCAAAACUGAUUUCUUCACCGGUGGCGAUGCAGGUGCUGCAGAGAAGUUAGUAAAAGAUGCUUAUGCCCACCACAGUAAGCUGGCGAUGAAGGUCCACAAAGAGAAGCAGGUGAAAGAGGAGAAGGAAAAGAAAGAGAGAGCCGAAAGAGCUGCCAAGCUAGCAGAGGAAGAGAGGAAAGAAAAGAAAAAUGAAGACGGUCCCAGAAUUCAGGAACUGACUGAUGAGGAAGCAGAGAAACUUCAGUCUGAACUUGACGAGAAAAAGAAAGAAGAAGAGAAACAGGAGAACGCACCAACAAACGUCGAACAGCCAUCUCACAAAGAAGAAAAAGAGAAGGGGUCUGACUCAGAAGGAGAGGAAGAUGAGAAGGACAAAGACAAACUGAAGCCUAACGCAGGAAAUGGAGCGGAUCUGCCCACCUACAAGUGGACACAGACCCUGUGUGAAGUGGAUCUGGCCCUGCCGUUUGACGUGAAGUUCCGCAUCAAGGGGAGAGACGUGGUGGUGGACAUCCAGCGACGCUCCAUCAAAGUCGGCCUGAAAGGACACCCUCCUGUUAUUGAAGGGCAGCUCUACAACGAGGUGAAGGUGGAGGAAAGCUCCUGGCUCAUCGACGACGGCAAGGUGGUCACAGUGCACCUGGAGAAGAUUAAUAAAAUGGAGUGGUGGAGUAAGAUCGUUACCACAGAUCCAGAAAUCAACACCAAGAAAAUCUGUCCAGAGAACUCAAAGCUGUCAGACCUGGAUGGAGAGACGCGUGGUAUGGUGGAGAAGAUGAUGUAUGACCAAAGGCAGAAAUCAAUGGGGCUGCCUACGUCUGAAGAGCAGAAGAAACAAGACAUCCUUAAAAAGUUCAUGGCUCAGCACCCGGAGAUGGAUUUCUCUAAAGCCAAAUUCAGCUGAAACUCUGCUGUCGUAGAGUCCACAUCGAGAUCAUGUGAAUCGCGUCGGAGCCAACGUCAGGCGCCAAACAAACCUCCCUCCACGUCUUCUCUUCAUGUGUUCUCGUGUUACGGGAACAGGUGCGAUGACUGUAACGCCCACAUUCUCCCUUUGCAUGUCGUGCGAAUAUUUAAAGAUGUGUCUGGAUUUCUUUUUUUUUAGUAAAUGAAUCUAAAAUCAGA